GCCUCUGUGCUGAGUUUUGAUUUUUGUGAGUUUUAUUUUAUGAGGAGGUUUUGCCAGCAAUAAAAGCUGCGUUUUGAGUUCCAGUCCUGCGUUUUCUGUGCUUUUUCCUGCCUGCCUGCCACACAGCCUAUCAUGACAAGUGUAGGGUAAGAGUUAAGGUUGUGUUUGGUUUCAGUUGAAGUUUAACAUACCUGAAGACGCAACCUGAACCAGGAAAUGCCUUCAAACUGAACAAGCCUGUAAAACCAAAUGACUCUUGUUAAUUCUUCAGUUUAACUCUAACACGCUGAACAUGGUGGUGAAGCUAAUGAUCCUGUUCCUCCUUUGUCACACUGCAUCUGCAGUGAGUCAUUCUCUGAAGUAUCUUGUCACUGGAUCCUCUGGAGACCCAAACAUCUCAGAGCUUAUGUAUGUUGCAGUGGUUGAUGACACGGAGGUGCUUUAUUGCGAUGCCAGCAAGAAGAUAGUAGAACCAAGACAGGACUGGGUGAAAAAAAUGUUUGAUGACAACCCUGACAUGUUGUUGGGGUACACUCAUGAGUGUUUUGAGCAUCAGCCAAUUUUUUUCAAAAGCUUGAUUUCUAAUUGGAAGCAGCUUUUAAACCAAAAUGAAGGUGUUCACAUUUUACAGAGCAUAAUUGGCUGCAAUGUGAAUGAAAACUCUGGAGAGGUUUCAUGCUUUUUACAGUUUGGUUUUAACGGAGAAGGCAUUUUUGAAUUUGAUCCGAAGACAAAGACAAUCAUCACACUGAAACCAGAGCUUCAAAUUAGCGAACAGAUGCUGAAUGAUCACAGAAAUCUAAUUAAAUACGUUGAAAACCUCUUCAGUAUGUUUCAUCCGAAACUGAAGAUUUUUUUGGACUAUGGGAGCAGCUCUUUGAACAAAAAAGUUCCUCCCUCAGUGUCUCUUCUCCAGAAGACUCUCUCCUCUCCAGUCAGCUGCCACGCUACAGGUUUCUAUCCUGACAGUGCCGUGAUGUUGUGGAAAAAAGAUGGAGUGGAGAUUCAUGAUGGUGUGGAUCUUGGAGAAAUCAUCCCCAACAAUGAUGGGACCUUCCAGACAAUUGUUGAACUGAAUGUUUCAUCAGUCACACCUGAAGACUGGAACAGAUACGACUGUGUGUUUGAGCUCUCUGGUGUUAGGAACAUCAUCACAAAACUGGAUAGAACACGAAUCAGAUCCAACAGGAGUGAGAGAACCGAUAAUCCCUCUGACACAACAGCUCCAGUCAUUGCUAUAGUCGUUGCUCUUCUUAUUUUCAUCAUCAUUGCCACCGUUGGAUUUGCUGUUUACAAAAAGAAGAAAGCAAAUUUAAAAAUGCAAAAGAAGAUGGAGAAUGUGUUCAUAUUACUCCUCUGCUGUCAUGCUGUGUUUCCAGUAAAACACUCCUUGAAGUAUUUCUCCACUGAAACCUCUGGAGCCCAGAGCAUCCCAGAGUUUGUGGCUGUUGCUCUUCUUGAUGAAGUUCAGAUAGGAAGCUGCAAUAGCAACAGAAGGGGACCAGAUCUUAAAACUGACUGGAUUAAAAAACUCUUUAAGGAUUAUCCGCGGCGGCUGGAGUGGUACACGUUUCAAUGUUUGGAUAGUCAUCAUUCAUUCAAGGGUCGCAUUGAUAGUUUAAGGCAACGUUUCAACCAAAGUGAAGGUGUUCAUAUUUUGCAGAGGAUGAGUGGCUGUGAAUGGGAUGAUGAGACUGGACAGAUUAAUGGGUUCAAUCAGUAUGGUUAUGAUGGAGAAGACUUUCUAGCAUUUGACCUGGAGACACUGACAUGGAUUGCUCCAAAACCACAGGCUGUCGUCACCAAACUGAGAUGGGAUGCUGAAGAACCCCGAUUAGAAUAUAACAAAAACUUUUUAAUCUAUGAAUGCCAUGAGUUGUUGAAGAAAUAUGUGCAGUAUGGCAGAAGCUUUUUGCAGACAACAGCUCUUCCUUCAGUGUCUCUCCUCCAGAGGACUCCCUCCUCUCCAGUCAGCUGCCACGCUACAGGUUUCUAUCCUGACAGAGCCAAGAUGUUUUGGAGGAAAGAUGGAGAGAAGCUUUGUGAAGGUGUGGAUCCUGGAGAGAUCUUUCCCAAUAAUGAUGGGACCUUCCAGAUGAGCGUUGAUCUGGAACUUUCAUCAGUCCCACAUGAAGACUGGCAGAGGUAUGACUGUGUCUUUCAUCUCUCUGGUGUGAACGAAGAUAUCAUCACAAAACUGGACAAAGCAGUGAUCAAGACAAACAUGGGUAAGACUGCAUCCUGUAAUGGUUUUGAAACUAUUCCCACUGACACGGUGAUCUUCAUUAGUGCUGCAGUGGUUUUCCUAGCUUUCAUCCUCAUCACAGCUGUGGCAUUUGCAGCUUGCAAAAAGAAGAAAGAUAAAUGUUCACCACCCUGUAAGUAA